CCGUACGCGAGGAGGGAAGGACAGGACCCGUUACCCCUCUAUAUGGGUACGGGGAGGGGGGGGCAGCAGACGGACUACCGCAGAAGCACGGGGAAAGAUUCUGAUUCUAACGGCAGAGGAAAAGAAGGGACAAGAGAUGGAGAAUGUUGGUCCUGGUAGUGCUGGUAGUGCUGGUGGUGGUGGUGGUGGUGGUGGUGGGGAUGAUGAUGCUGACGAGGAGAGGAUGAUUUUUGACUUCGGCUUCGGGUUUCGAGGAAGUGUGUUUGAGGAAUUCCACGUGGCACCUGUCCAGCUGGCUGCGCUAGACACCUCUGUCGGCAUCUGUGACGUGGAAGUGUUCCUUGGGUUCGUCUCCAGGCCAGGAGCAAUUCAGGAGAUGAUGGAAAGCGUUGAUGAUUUUGGACAGAAAUUCCAAGAAUAUUGCCGAGAGAAAUUCCAGAAAUAUUGCAAGGAUUUCCAAGCAAUUUGCCGAUGUAACCUGAGAUCAUCGGAGCAGUAUAUAGUCCACCCCACUGGUAUGGCGAAGGACUUCGCAGCCCAGUUCUUGCAAUUUAUCAGUACCGGAGGUAAAGAUAAUAAAAAUGAUACUACUAAGAAGAAUGAUUCUGUGGACGAAGGGGCAGAUGCGGGAGGUGAGGUCGGGGGUGGUGGUCCAGUGGUUACUGAGGCUGUGCUGCUAGAUGACCUAAUUAGAGUGGAAGGUUUGAUGACGGAGGACAAGCAAUGCGCAGCAGUGAAGAGGGAUUUUGCCGCCUUAUUUUUUUGCCAUUGGGUACUGCACCGCGACGCUCUGCUAGGGAAUUAUCUCGCCCGAUGGCACAAGGGGACUGUGUACCCCUCCCCCCCUCGGCUGGGUAAUUGUUUCGGCCGAUGGGGCAGGGAUGUUCAAUGCGAGAGUGAUCAGACUAUCACCAGGCAAAUCUACGACUACUGCGAGAAGGAACUCAGGCUGGCGGCGGGCGAAACUUACAGGAGCUGCGACGCUACCUUGGAGAUCCUGAGUAGUGGUCUGCUGGGUUUCCUAGUGGAUUUUGACCUUGUGGGCUCAGAUGGCCGAAAGUACCCUCUGCGGAUGCUAAUGCUGGAUGGGAAAUUCCUCGGAGUUGUAUUCCCUUCUCACGCCUGGAGUGCCAGCAUCAGCGAGAGAGAGAAAGGUGCACUGAUUGCUCGAGCGGAUUACAGAGCGGAUCCCAGUCAGAGAGCGAAUUACCUUAACCCUAACGACGACAUGCGAAUCCAAGUCGUUGCAGAAGAACUGGUUGAAAGGCAUUACAAGCCACAUGGAGAUAUCCCCACGAUGCUGGAAAGAUGGUCUAACCCCGUUCUCCGAGUGAAGGGCUGUGAAUGGUAUAAACCAAGGAUGUACCCUAAUAUCGCUGUGAAAGCUUAGAAGGACUGCCAAGAGGAUUACGAAGUCGUUAUUGGUCAGAAUGGGAGGCUUUACAGUGACUCAGAAAAAGAUGAUGGAGUUACUGCCCGCGAACACCUCACCCCUGAAGCUUCCAAACAACUUCGCUCUCUCCACCGAGCGUCUUACAACCCGGGCCGCCUUUCCUAUUCCUGCCGGUCUGAGGUAGAGCGGCUGAUUCCUGUCGCAGCUUCCCUGACAAGACUUGCUACUGAUUAUCGUGCCCACUUCCAUUUGCAGGUUUUCAGGCACCGGCUGCGGCUGUUCACAAUAGCAGAUGUGAAGCGCCGUCGGCGUGCCCAUUUUGCCCGCCUAUUCAAGAGGUCGGUAUGGGAACAAAUGCCAGAAGAACUA